GAGCAACAGAAUGUGCAUUAGCAAUUAUUUACUCGGCAGAAUAUGCCGAGGGUCCCGGAAUCGUGCAAGAAAAUAGAUCUGGUUAAGUGGGAAAAUGUAUUUAAGUUUAUUAAAGAAUGCAACUACCUGUUUAGCGUAUAAUCAAUGCAGGUCAUUGAGGUAGCUACCAUCGAAUGUUGCUUUACUAAAUGACCAGCGUUGGCAACGCGAGUCUUAAUAUCCGACAUCACGUAAAGGCAUCUUGACUGAGCAUAGUCUUUGAAGUUGGACAGUGUGACAGUUCCAGUGUCUCGCCGUCAAUUCGUCUGGAAGAACGUUUAAAAGCCUUACACGUGGUAUUAGUUAGUUAAGCCACGGGUCAUGUUUUACUCCCCCCCUCCGUCGGUGAGGGACGUAUGUGAGGCCGCAGUGUGACGGACAGGGCGAGGGGGACCGGAGACGCGUCACUAGUAGACGCUCAGGAGGCGCACGUGGGCCAGAUGCCGUCACAGUUUGAAGGCGACCUCCGCGCCGCGCCAGGAACACAGGAAGAAGAAGAAGAAGAAGAAGCGAGCGCUACUACGCGGAUGUAAGACGAUGUUCCGCGCUGUGCGCCACCACACGCGCCCCGCUUAUUAUCUCUCCUCCUCCGCUUUGAUGUUUUAGCGACACGCGAGAGCCGCCAGCCAAGCCCCGUUCGCCCACCGCUCUCCGCGGACUAUUCGGUGCGCGUUUUUGAGCCACGAGUUAAGACUUUUUUUUUAGGGGACAGUGAGCGAAGGAGUGUUUGAGGAAACAUGGGGACUCAGGGAACAGGACGGAAAAGGUCCACCAAGAAGGAGAAGUCGACGGCCGAGGACGAUGCCCUCAAUCUCAUAGCGAGAGAGGCCGAGGCCAGGCUUGCAGCCAAGAGGGCAGCCAGGGCAGAGGCCAGAGAGAUCCGCAUGAAGGAGCUGGAGCGACAGCAGAAGGAGAUCUUUCAGGUGCAGAAGAAAUAUUAUGGCUUGGACACCAAAUUAGACGACCGCACAGACAGCAAAUGGGGAGAUAUUGAACAGUGGAUGGAGGACAGUGAGAGGUACUCACGUUCUUCGCGGAUACAAACGCUCUCAGACGACGAUGAGCGGGUGUCUGUGGGAAGCCGGGGCAGCGUCAGGUCUGAUCUCGAUGCAGUUGGGGCUUAUGGUGGAGGGGACUCAAUAAAGAAGUCAAAGAAAAAGAAGAAACAUAAGCACAAAGAUAGGAGCGGCUGUGAUGACGACUACAGCGUCGUCUCCAGCAGGAGCUCGAGACUCAGUGAUGAAAGCAGAGCGUCUCGCUCCUCCAGGCUCGAUCUCACGAGCUCCAGACUGAGUGAUGACACCCGGGUGUCUCGUGCCUCCAGACUAGACCUGCAGCCGGCCUCUUAUGCUUCCUCAGACUUGUACAGCUUCAAUGGUCUAUCCUCUUCCAGAAAUGGCUACCAGAGCUCCUUAUAUGAAGACGGCCUCGGCGGCGGGUCACAACGAGUCUCUGGCUCCAGCUCUCGUACUUUACAGUACUCUAGUUAUCGCAGCUCUGGCUCCAGAGCCUCGUCAAGGGCCGGUUCGGCCCGCACCAGCCCAGUGGAACACAGCGGCUCCGUUGCCAGUUUUCUGAGGAGCUCGGCCGGUAGCGGCGGUCUCCCCCAGGACCUGGACGAUGUUACUAUUCCUGACUUUCCCCAUGUGGAGGACAGAGAUUAUCUUGAGAAGGGGUCGCGAGCAGCUUCUGCCUUGACUGCAGCGACCCUCACCUCGGUAGGCGGGACAUCCUCGCGGAGAGGAAGUGGCGAGACGGCCAUUACUAUAGAUGCAGAGACUUCUAUACGGGAAAUCAAGGAGAUUCACGAACUGAAGGAUCAGAUUCAAGAUGUGGAAUCCAAGUACACACAGAACCUAAAAGAAGUCAAGGAUGCUUUAGGAGAAGUUGAGGAGAAGUACCGUAAGGCCAUGGUGUCCAAUGCCCAGCUGGAUAACGAGAAGAACAACCUGAUGUACCAGGUGGACACGCUGAAGGACUCGCUCAUGGAGCUGGAGGAGCUGCUGUGUGAGUCCCGCCGAGGGUACGAGGACAAAGUCAAGGAAUACGAGCGAGAGAAACACAGCCACGCUUUGCUUCAGUUCCAGUUCACUGAAAUGAAAGAGACGCUAAAACAAAGUGAAGAGCUGCUAAAUGACAUCCGUCAGCUGCGUAUCAAGCAGGAAGGUUUUGUUAGAGAAAUCUCUGACCUGCAGGAGACGGUGGAGUGGAAGGAUAAGAAGAUUGGGGCCUUAGAGCGACAGAAAGAAUAUACGGACGCUAUUCGCAUUGAGCGAGAUGAGCUCAGGGAAGAGACGGUGAAGCUGAAAGACAUUCUGAAGAAACAUGGAAUAGUACUGGGUCCUGAUCUCAACAUCAAUGGAGAGCUGGGGGAGGCAGAGGUGGCGGAGUCCCCCGGUGUAGACCCUGUCACCCAACCGGCUGCAGACUCUCAGAGCACCCCGACGGAGGGCCACAGCAUGCUCGGCAACACAGAGGAGACUCCGUUGAGAAGUAGCAGAGAGGAAGAGGCGGCUCCAGAGCAGCAUCGACUAAUGUUUGACGAAGUAAAACUGCAUCACGUGAGCUGUGAUGCACUCUGUACUGCUGCUGGUGUGUCCACUCUGGAAACAUCUGGAGAAGAACCAGCAACAUGCUUCGAGGAGAUACAGGACACAGAUACAGGAGAACAAAAUGUUGCCAAAGGUGCCCUCGUCGAGGACUUGAAUGUUAUUGAUCGAUCAAUCACAGAAGCCAAAGAUAGAAUCAUUUGCAGCCCUCAGCUUCAAGAGAUUGUAAAAAGUUCUGAGGGAAAUGUUCCAAUAACCAAAAUACCCAAAGGGGGAGAUGUAAGGGAGAUGGAACCCGAAGUCCAAAGUGUUAACUCAAAUUGUGAUGACCUCAGAGAGUCCUGUGAAAACCUUAUUAAGGAACAACACAACAAACCGGAAGAUGGAGGCAGCGACCUGCAAAGUACAAAAUCAUGUCCUCAGCAAAUAGUUGAUGUUUUGACAGAAAGUUUACGCGAUGAGGGCAACCAGACCGUGUCAAACACUGAACACCAGCAAGAGCCCGAGGAGGCAGAAGAGGCAGAGAACGACGAGGCGGAGGAGAUGCCGGGUAAAUGUCAGCCUCAGGGCGCCGCUGCUUCAGGGAAGAAGAAGAAAAGGAAGCGGCGAGGUAAAAAGAAAGGAACUCACGAGGAUAAGAACCAAGCGAAUGAAGGAUCUGAUCCAGAAAAGGGCAAAAAAGAAAUUCACAACAAAUUGGGUGCAAAGAAUAAUGGGCCACCAGCAGAACCCGGACUCCACGGCUCUGCUAGUGGAUCCCUCGGUGAGCCAAGGGUGGAUAAAGAACCCAGGGACCCCAAUUUUACCAAUGAAUCGCUGACGGAAGCAGCAGUCGAACCUGUUACAGAUGAGCAAGACCACCAGCACGAGGUGGAAACGAAACCUCCAGCAACUCCCGAAGAAGAAAUGAUGGAUAAUGUUACAGACAAACACAGCUGGGGACUAAAUCUGGAAACUGAAACUGUAAAAGACGUAGAGGCAGUGGCUCUCGCUAAACCUAUUUCUCCCAAUAAAACUCUCAAUGACUGCAGAAAGGAUGAGCGAGAUGAGGAACAAACUGUGGAACCUGACAAAGUAGAGGAGCUGGGAGCUAGAUCUGUAAGUCCGGUUCCAGAGACCAACCUCAGCACUUCUGAUCUCACUGUCACCGCUAAAGGCGCUGAGAGCACAGAUGGCUCGUCCACUGUCAUCCACGGUGAGUCUCAUGUUGUUCAAAGUGUAGAGGAUCAAGUUGGUUCUGUCGAUGCGAUGCAAUCUGAUUGUGCCACUAAAAACCCAAAGAACGCCUUUGAAACCAGCUGUAAGGACAACGAAGAAUUGCAUGUCCUAAGCAAUGAGGACAUUGCUGCGGAUCCAUCUGAACCCACAAGGCACCCUGAGAGUAAGGAGAAGGCGUCCCAGUCCCAGUCCUCCCCUGAUGUCUCCGCCGACAACUCGUCUGGCUCAACGCCGCCGGCAGCACAGAACUCGUGCAACGCUGACGCUUUGGUCCAGGUUUCUUGUGGCGGUCCGGAGGAGGCUCCUAAUGGGGGAGAUUCAGAGCUAAAAGCAGACAGAACCAAAGAGGAGGAGCUGGACAGACGCUUGAUCCCUGAAGAUUUAGUCGAGCCAGACCACUCGCCUACUGAAAGUGGGGACUGUUGUGACAGCGCAUCAUUAACAGAAAACCCUGAUGGCUUGGACUCUGUGAAGAGUCUGGUAGAGACAGUUGGAGCAGUGCAGGCUGAACUGGGUCACGGAAGCCAGGACGAGUCCGCUGCCAAAGUAUCCUCUGAGACCGAAAAGAUCAAUACCACAGACGCAUUGCAAACGUCCGACUCUCCCAGAGGAGCCACGGAGAUCUGUUUGUCAUCGGAGCAGGACCACCAAGCUGAUCCAGAAUGUGGAAACCAAAUGAGCUCAAAUGAUCCGCACAGCGAGAGUCCGCAAUCACAUGAACCCAGCAAAGACGAGCCCGAGGAUGAAGAUGUCUCUCAACCCACCCUGCGGGAUACCGAUGAAGAGGAUGAAGGCCAUUCUUUUGAUUUCGACGACAUGGACUCUGCCGUAGCAACAAGUCUCCUGGGAAACCCCAGUCUGGAAGAAGUGGAAGAGGGAGUUGAAGUCAUGCCGGACGAAGGCAACGAUGGUAGUUCGACAGGUGCGGAUGGCGCAGACGAGCCAGCGGAAGGCCCGCGCGAUGGGGGCCACCGGGGAGACACCGGACCUUCAGACAACCCAAACUCCCGUGAGGACGCCUCGUCUCAGCAGGCGGAACGCAUGGAACUCGUGUCUGAAAAGCAGACUGAGAUUUUAGAGGAAGCAGAUGAGCACAUUCCAGAGGAAGGAGAGGUGUGUGUUGUUGCAGAGGACAUCGACCAAGUGGCGUCUCUGCCCGUAGAGGAAGGACUAGAUGCCGCUAAGCAUGAAGAUCUCCCUCAGAGAGCACAAGGGGACAGCAGUAAGGAGCCCCAGCAGGCAGGGAAAGAGAUGAAGAGGACCAGCAAGAGAGGCAAGGGCAAGGGCAAAGAGGACUGUAAGAUGUCUUAGUGUAGAGAGGGUAUGUAGUAGGGAUAUAGAUCACUUCAUCAGUCUUCGCUUGGUCCUGUAAUAUACCCCUUUCAAAAUAAAUAUAUGUUUGUCAAUCAUUUUGAAUUGAGUGUGUGUGAGCCGUCUAAAGGACAGAUGUCAGAACCGCUACCAGAGCAUAACCUGCACGGUGAUGGUGGAUCUCACUACUGGACAAUAUCCUGCUAUGUCAUGUGACAUGGGUUGUUAUUAUUGCACAUUCAUCACGCUGCUGCUGCUGGUGAUGAGUCUUGGAGGGACAGCAUCGCAUUACUUUUCCUCUCGCUACAAUCUACGACUUGUUCAUUCCACAGGUGUAUAAUUAAAACAACGUUUAUGUUAAUUAUUCAUUUGUUGGUUAGCAACUAGCUUUUACAUGUUGCACCUGUAAUUCUGAUGAUUAAAAUGUAAUUAAAAAGUGCUUGGAGGCCCUGAUCUGUUCUCAGGAGUGAUACCGUGUUUGAAUGCUAUUUCCAUGGACAAUAAUGGGAUGUGAUACGUGCAUUUUAAUUUUAAUUUUGUUGCAAAAAUGCCAAUAAAUGCCCUGCUGUUAACACCUUGAAAAGUUGAUCUAAAUGCAUUUUUUGUUGGAAUGAACAGUGCAUAAUGUCUCCAUGUAGGUCUCAUGUGUUGUUGUACCUCAGAGUGGUCGCGUAGUGGAAAUGUGCUCUUGCAUUGACACUCUACUCCACAAUUUGUGCAUGCUAACAACCCCUAACCCCCCCCCACCCCUCCCCCCUCCUCCACACA